GCAGGCUGGCUCUCAGACUUCUCAUCUCCAUACAGUCAGAGUGAACUGCGGGGGCCGACGGAGCGGAGUGCUGCAGUCCUCGACAGCGGAAAGAGCCUCAAAUAAGGAUUGUCUUAUCGACCUGUAUCGACUCACAGCUCCUGCUUUGGGUUCAUCUUCGCCUACUUCGUUUUGGAAUUCAACAAAGGCAACUUUUGGCUUCUCUGGAGUUUUGGAGAGCCGCGUCUCUUUAGUUAUGGACAGUCGGCGCGCCGCUGCAGGGAGCGACUGUCCGGUGUUCACUCUGUAGUCACGGGAAUAAAACUGUAAACUCGCCGUCUGGGACUUUUUACUGGAUGUUUGAUGAAGCGCUCCGCAAAUUUGUUCAGUUCUGGGACACCGUGGAUUUAUCAGGUUCAGGGACGGAUUGAUACUCGCGAUUCAACGACAAAAAGGAUUUACGCUUCUGAAGUUGUAGGAAAAACAUGGAGACUGUAAGUCGGCAGAGCUUCCAGCCUCAUCCGGGACUGCAACAAACUCUCAAGCAGUUUCACCUCAGCUCUAUGAGCUCUCUGGGCGGACCGGCGGCUUUCUCUGCCCGGUGGCAACAUGAGCUCCUCUUCAAGAAGGACGGGAAGGAGCCCGAGCCGGUUCUGCAGCAUCUGCCGCCGCCGGUGAUGCCGGGCCCGCUGUUCAUCCCGUCGGACCGCUCCACGGAGAGGUGCGAGACGGUGCUGGAGAGCGAGACCAUCUCGUGCUUCGUGGUCGGCGGGGAGAAGCGCUUGUGCCUGCCGCAGAUCCUGAACACGGUCCUGCGGGACUUCAGCCUGCAGCAGAUCAACUCGGUGUGCGACGAACUGCACAUUUACUGCUCCCGGUGCACGGCGGACCAGCUGGAGAUCCUCAAAGUUAUGGGGAUCCUGCCCUUCUCCGCGCCGUCCUGCGGCCUCAUCACCAAGACGGACGCCGAGCGGCUCUGCAACGCUCUGAUCUACGGAGGCGCCUACCCGCCGCGCUGCAAGAAGGAGCUGAGCGGGGGCUCGCUGGAGCUGGAGCUCACCGAGAGGAGCUUCAAAGUCUACCACGAGUGCUUCGGCAAGUGCAAGGGCUUGUUCGUGCCGGAGCUGUACACCAGCCCCAACGCAGCGUGCAUCCAGUGCAUGGACUGCAGACUCAUGUACCCGACCCACAAGUUCGUGGUGCACAGCCACAAGGCGCAAGAGAACAGGACUUGCCACUGGGGCUUCGACUCGGCCAACUGGAGGGCGUACAUCCUCCUGGGACAGGAUUACACGGGGAAAGAGGAGAAGGCCCGCCUGGAGCAGCUCCUGGACGAGAUCAAGGAGAAAUUUGACUUCGCCAACAAGUACAAGAGGAAAGCAUCAUCCAGGACAUCUGAUCCCAUCCCGAUCAAGAAGUCCAAAUAUGAAGACUUCCCGUCGCAGUCCCCGCUGGCUGACAAGGAGAAGCAGCACGACUGGCUCCAGUCCCUGUCCGCCUCCAAUAAGGGGCUUAACUGCAUCCAGCCUAGACAGAGGCCCUCAGCUUUCAGACCCUGGUCCCCCCACAUCUCUGCUGGUGAUAAGGAGCCCUCCAGUCACCCCCUGGCCCUGCUGAGAGACAGCUUCUACAACUACAAGAGCAUGGAGAAAGCUGUGGCCCCCAACGUCGCCCUUACACCACUGCCCCUGGGGAAGGUGGGCCCCCUGUCUCCUUCGGUACCCAGCACCUCCCACCCAAGUGGAGGUGAACCCCCAGGUGAGGGCGCCAACGGCAACUCCAGGGCUCGCAAGAGAAGAGCCACAGGGGAGCUCCCACCCCCAGUGGCCGAGGCCCCCUGCCCUCCUUCCUCAGCUGCCAGCAAGCCCGCACUGCCUCAGGACGACAAAGACUCUGAGGUGGAGAUCGAAGUGGAGAGCCGUGACGAAUUCACUUCGUCCCUGUCCUCCCUGUCGUCGCCAUCUUUCACCUCGUCCAGCAGCUCAGCCAAGGACUUGAGCUCGCCCGGCGCCCAGGGGCCCAUCUGCACAGUCACGUCGGCCGAGGGUGGCGCCCCUGUGGCUGCACCUGUCCCAGCACUGCCGGCCCCUCCAGAGCUGGGGCUGGAGUCAGAGUUGGAGAGCCUGAGGCAGGCGCUGGAAAGCGGACUGGACUCCAAGGAGUCGAAGGAGAAGUUUCUGCACGAGAUUGUUAAGAUGAGAGUGAAGCAGGAGGAAAAGUUGGGGUCGGCCCUGCAGGCCAAGCGCAGCCUCCAGCAGGAGUUGGAGUUCUUGCGGGUGGCCAAGAAGGAGAAGCUGCGGGAGGCAACCGAGGCAAAGCGAAACCUGAGGAAGGAAAUCGAGCGCCUGCGAGCUGAGAGCGAGAAGAAAAUGAAGGAAGCCAACGAGUCGCGGAUCCGUCUGAAGCGGGAGCUGGAGCAGGCCCGGCAGCUGAGGGUCUGCGAUAAAGGCUGUGAGGCCGGACGUCUCCGCGCAAAAUACUCUGCACAGAUCGAGGACCUCCAGAUGAAGCUGCAGCAUGCCGAGGCCGACCGCGAGCAGCUCCGAGCCGACUUGCUGCAGGAGCGGGAGGCCAGGGAGCACCUGGAGAGGGUGGUGAAGGAGCUACAGCAGCAACUCUGGCCCAAAUCCAACAGCGACAAGGAGGGGACGCCCAAGGACACGCCAGUUGUCAACUAACCCAGGAGCCAAUGUCACCGCCCGACCAUUCCCCUCGCCAUUGCCAUGAUCCCCAACAUCUGACCAUAAAUACACCAGGAGUCCGGGGCCGGCCACAUCGCACCAUUGCCCAUCACGCUCGCCCUCCAGAACACAAAAAUAAAAGACUCUCACCAUCCACCCAGAGGCAGAGAGAAGAAACGAGGGCCUGUGUCCUCGUCCAUGCGCACGAAAAGUCAAGUGAGUGGUUUUCUUGAAGACUGGAAAUAGCACAAUGAUGCAACAAGGAAACGCGUGUUUCUAAAUCAAGCACUGGCUCGCACCUUCCAAACUCACAGAACUGAAAAGUAGAUUGUGAAGAACGAAAGAAAAAUGGAUGUAUAGCACAAGAUAUGGAUUUCCUCUGACAGGAACAGGCGGUGAGACUUUUGGACAGACGUGUGAUAAGAAAUGCUGAAAGUGAUCAGCUGUUGAGAGGUGUUAGAGCGGUGUGGCCAGGAGGACACAUUUAACUCCCAGUUCCCGAAAAAAAAGCCUCCACCGCCGUCCCUCGCCGUGACGAAGAUGGAGGGUUUUGAGCACAUUAUAAGCUAUUUAAGAGACUACAUAGCGAUAUGUAAAGAAAAAAAAGACUUUCUUUGUUUCUCUGUGCUUUUGGAGUGUGAAAAUAUAAAAGAUACAAAUAAAUUAGAAGAUGAACAAAACAAGUAAAUGAACUUUCCACAGUGCCACCGUGGUUUUGUCGGUUUUUCAGGAAGCCAUCGCAGUCCACAGAAGGAAAAACCAUCAAGGUCGACCUCGCCGUUUCCUCCCGUUGUUGUUUUAUAAAAUCUCUGAUUUCUAAUUUCUCCAAGCUGCAGGGUGAUAUCUUUCUCUCUCUGGAUAAAACCCUGCAUUGGGAAUUACAUGCUUACAUAAAAACAUGCUGUGUUAAAGGCACCUUUUGGAUGAUCAAUAACAAUUUCCUACAGUCUCUGAGACACACACACACACACACACACACACACACUGGUUGCCAUAUGUUAUUUUAAGCAUUUGGGUUAAAACCCUGAAGUCUUUAUCUUAUAAAGAUAAAAAAACUCCAGAUGUGUGUGUGGCCGUUUGAGUGAUGAAAAUCCGGCAUGUUUUUACUCCAGAACCAAUCAGAACCAUUGUGUAUGAAAUCAUAGUGGACUGGACAGGGCAACCUUAGCAAGAACCACAAAAAAAAUGUUCAUUUUAAUUAAAUUAAGGUAUGUAAAUAUGAAUAUAUGUUGUUGUUUUUUUUUUUUUACUUUACAAUAAUGAAUCGCACUUUGUCAUAACAAAAUACUGGUAUAAUGCAUUGUACUCCCACUAUUGUCUUCAAUCUUACUUUGAAAAUAUCAUCUUUAUACACGACUGCUACCAUAUAAACCCAGUAAGCAUUUUGUUUGAUAAUAUGCAUUUCGAAUAAAAACUGUUUUCUUAAAGGCAAAGUAUUGUAAAUAAACGUGAAGAAAAAAGGCUCCACUUCUUGCUUGCUGAUGCAGUCUGGAAUUGUUGGAAAGUUACGGGCAGCGCAUUCUCCCAUUUUUAUUUUUAUUUUUGUAAUAUAAUUAUAACAGAUUAACGGUUACAACUCACAACAAAUUUGUCAAAACUUGGUUUGCAACAUGUAACAUGAAUUGUUGAGCUUGAACAAAAAGUCACCUUCAGACAAUAAAAUGAGAUUUUAUUCAGCAGGCAGAGGCCGUGAAUCUGCCGUCACACAGUGGGUACAAUGCAAUCAGAAUGUACAUUGAGUUAAUGCUAUUUUUCCUUUGGUUGUUGAUGUUGUUUUAAACGUGGAGAUAUUUUACUGCUUGUCUGUUAUGUUCAAAACUCAUAUUUUCUUUAUGCAUGAAAUUUGAGAAGGUUUGCCACACAUAUAGUCAGUUAUUGGGCAUCGAUGCUGUACAUGUAAGGAUUUUAUUGUGUUAUGCAAUAUAAAGCAAUUUGUCUUAUUUAGAAGAGGAAAAGGUAAUUAAAAAAAGAAGCAACACGCCGUAUAUUGUUCUUUAGUAAAAACUUCACACUUGCAAAAACCAAAAGAAGAAAAAAAAAUUAAAAUGCAAUGCUGGACAACCUCAAGUGCCUGGACGUGGGCAAAAGGUUUCCAGAGUAGGAAAACUGAUGAGGAAGCUGUUGGGGCUGGGCCUCUCAUAAACUUCCUGUUUGCAGGUUUCAAAUUAAAAGCCCCUCACUCGCUCAGCAGCUCUUUUUAUCAGUAUUCUUAAAACCAACCAGUUUACAAACAUGUUUUCUUUUUAAAAUGCAGAGAACAAUUGAACAAAUGCUAGAAUGCUUAAGGCUUUUUUAUUUCUGAAUGAGUAUUUUUUUUCCUUUAUUUGAAAUCAAUGAUAUGCAUGUUCAAACAAUUUUUAUAGAAGAUCUUGAAAAGCCACUUGCUUCAGUGAAUUGUUACUUUGGUUUGUAUAUAGGGACUUAAGUGUUUAUUCCCAGUUUGUUGACUUGUCCCAAGGCGGCGGACAUGUCGAGGAUAAUAAAGAGGGCAUUAUGUUAAAGGCCCUUUUCUUAUCGAACAUCACUGAUGUUGCUCAGAACAACACUGCGUCUGCGACUUUGGCAGACCUAAAAUUGGUACAUUUUGUAGUUGUUUUUACACUCAAAAGAGUUGACAGCCUGUGUGUAGUUUACUUUACUCAUGGUUUUCUACAAAAGAAGGGAGAUGAUAACAACAUUGGCUCUUCGCUCUCCCACGGUAAAAGAAAAAAGCAGUUUAACAACGUCUCGUUUUCUAAAGGAUCAUUUUGCUAAAUAAUGGACAGCAAAGCAGCAAUAACAGUCCAUAUUAAUACGCAAAUACUAGCCAGUGUGAAGAUUUGAAUAAGAAUUUACAAAUGUAAAUAUUUUUUUCAUUUACAAUAUUGUAUAAUAUAUGUACAUGGUGUUUCCUUUUUCAAAAAGAAAUCUUUUCUUACAAUAGCUGUCUUGUUUUUUUGUUUUUGAUUUUGAAUUUGUGUUUUAACUGAGAUGUUUCAAAAAGAGUUAAUGCAGUGCGUAAGAGAAUAUUCCCUACAUACAAAUGUUAAUCCAUUUCUUUUCUUUUUUUUACUGUAGAGUCUUUAUAUUGAAAUGGCUUUUUUCACCAGUUCAUAUAUAUUUUUAACAGUAUGUUCAGUAUCAGAUAGCAGACCUACACACACUUGACUACGCCACCUUGCAGGUUGUUUCCCCCUCAUCCUCAUGUAUCUUUUUAGCCCUAUGCUGCUGCUAAUACUAUAUAAACCUUACAAGUCUAGAACUAUUUUUAUGUAAGAGGUAAAUGUAAGCUUUCCCAUUUAUUAAUGCCACAUAUACAGUAUGAAAACCAAGCUUGGCGUAUUCAUCUAUCUCCCUUGUUUCCUUCAUCUUUUCACGCCUUUUUCCUCAUCCCUCCUACAACGACGCCCUUCCCCUUCUCUCACGACACGGACUAUAUUGUAAAGUAAAGGACUUUAUGAGAUUAUGUUUGAAAAUAGCUAUGCUUAUAUACUACAGUGACUGAAUGUACAGUGUAUAGAUGCAUUACCAGAAAUAAAGUUGUUUGUCCAGA